AUGGCAGACAAAGCACCAGCAACAGCAACAGCAGCGUCGGCAUCGGCGUCAGCGUCAACAAACAGCCGACGAAGCCAAUCACCGGUGGAUCGUACGAAACCUUCGGCUGAAGAUCCAGACACCGCCACCACCCGCAAGGAGUUCGACAACGCUAGGAUAUCAGAGAAGCCCGACCUGUCGGCCAUGGCAACCUCACAACCCGACGCGGCUGCUGGUGUGGCCACUGUUGAGGUCUCAGAAAAGAAGGCUACCCCAGAGCUAGAGGUCCCCAGCGCCCAGAACGACAAGCUAAAAGAUCAUCUGUCUUCACCCAAGAAGAAGCGAGCACAUGACCAACUAGAGCAGGGCAAGGAUGCUGCCCAAGAUCUAAACGGCGAUGUCUCACCUAUUGGCGCAAAUGGCAAUGCAUCUUUUAGCAGAACGGACCGCUCCGAACCCGAGAAGAAGCGUCAUCGUGACAUCUCUAGUGAGGUCAAGGAAACCACCAAUGAGACCCAGGUAAUCAUAAGCCCCCAACCCUCGUCAAUAUCGCGGCGCCUUCGUCCUAACCGUCACCAGGGUUCGAUCGCCGAUAGCUCAAUAGGGGCGAUAAAACCUGCCGACAAACCUAGCACCACCACAUCCGAGUCUGCCUUCAAGAGCUCAGGUCUGUCAGGUUUCGCAGCAGCUGCCUCUCCCUUCAUCAGUGCUGGUUCCAAACCUCUCACCUCGUUUGCCAGUGCCUCAGCAUCGCCGUCGCCGUUCGGCGCCUCCGCCUCCUCCAGAUCUGAUACACCCUCUGUCUUUGGUAGCGCUGGCGCAGGGAAUGGCUCUUCUCCUUUCGGCCAAAUCGGUGGUGCCUCCAAACCAUUCGGAGGCAGCGCCUUCGGAAGCGGAUUCAGCAGCGCGUUAGGCGGUGGCAAGCUGACUUCCUUCGGCCAGCCGGGCGGGUCUCUUAAGAGCAGUAAGCCAGCUAAAGCUUUCGGAGCUCCCGACAGUGAUCCUGAGUCCGACGGAGAGGCCGAGGCAGACGAUGCUGCGAGCACUGCCGGUGACACCGACAAGGAGAAGGAGAAGGAGACCGAUGCCGACAAGAAGAAGACGAAGCUACAACAAGUUGCCAUCGACAAUGGCGAGGCGGGUGAGGCUACUAUCCUCCAAGUCCGUGCCAAGAUCUUCCAUAUCGACAAAGCUGAAAACGGUCCUGCAUGGAAGGAACGUGGUGCUGGCAACCUCAAAAUCAACGUCCCCGUACAGUGCGUCGAUUUUGAUGACAAUGGUCAGGUAGUACCUGGAAGCUUCGAUGUCUCCAGUCUUGAAGACGGUGAUGUGAAGGUCGUGCGCCUCAUCAUGCGUCAGGACUCAACCCAUCGUGUCAUCCUCAAUACCACUGUUAUCCCUGCUAUGAGCUUCCAGGAGAAGCCCAUGAACAAGACGGUAUGCGUACUGUUCACUGCCAUUGAAGGAGCUGGCGAAGCCGUCAGUAUUCAGAUCAAGAUGAAUCCUGCAAAUGCGAAAACCUUCAUCAAUGAGGUCGGAAAGAUCCAGCGUGAGCUGCAGUCGAACUAG